GUUUCCUGCUGCCAUUGACUAAAACCAAGAGCUCAUCCUGCAGGAAAAAAACUGGAGCUCUUCACAGCGCAACGCAUUUCUGCUCAAAAAACAGAUUAUUCCUGUUUUCUUUUUUUUACGAUGACCUGGUUGGUCUGACUGCAUCCUAUUCUCAGCCCGGGAUCUGUGACUGCAGCGGGGUCGUUUCUGCAGCAGCAGCAGCAGCAGCUCGCUUUAUUAUUAUUAUUUUUUAUCGAUAGGAUAUGAAAGUCAAGCGGUCAAGGUCCGCUCUGCCACAACCACGGGUGGAUUUCCUCUCUUUAUAGUGGGAAAUAUCUGUCGCAGUCGUUUCGGAUGGAUUUCUAAUCAUCUGGACCGGAGGGAUUAAAGACCUGCCUGAGGAGAAAGGGAAGCAUCGAAUAAAAACACGCUGCAGUCAGAUGGAGUAGGAAGCAGCAACGAUGUGACAGCCACAGUCCAAAAAGGAAAGAAUAAAACAAAACAAACAAAAAAUGCAGCGGAAGUCUUUGUCAUCCGAGCAACCCGCCUGUUUUUGACCGAACAUCUCCACCACUGACCCGAUUCUGUUAGUCCCUGUUUGAAGAAGUGAAGAUUUUGGAAAAAGCAGCCAGCAUGUCGGCGGUUAUGAUAACGCGAAAGCUGCGGAAAUGGGAGAAGCUCCCCGGGAAGAACACCUUCUGCUGCGAUGGGAGGGUGAUGAUGGCCCGGCAGAAGGGUAUAUUCUACCUGACCCUGUUCCUCAUCAUCGGAACCUGCUCCCUCUUCUUCGCUUUCGAGUGUCCGUACCUGGCCGUCCACCUGUCUCCUGCCAUCCCAGUUUUUGCCGUGCUGCUCUUCCUGUUCGUCAUAGCCAUGCUGCUGAGGACGAGCUUCAGCGACCCCGGGGUCCUGCCGCGGGCCCUUCCAGAGGAGGCCAACUUCAUAGAGAUGGAAAUCGAAGCAGCGAAUGGGAGCGUCCCUUCUGGGCAGCGACCUCCACCUCGAAUCCGUAACGUUCAGAUCAACAACCAGAUCGUCAAGCUCAAGUAUUGCUACACCUGCAAGAUCUUCCGGCCUCCGCGAGCCUCUCACUGCAGCAUCUGUGACAACUGCGUUGACCGUUUUGAUCACCACUGUCCGUGGGUGGGCAACUGCGUGGGCAAGAGGAACUACAGGUACUUCUACCUGUUCACCCUGACGCUGUCCCUGCUCACCAUCUACAUCUUCGCCUUCAACAUCGUCCACGUCGUCAUGCGCUCUGUGGAUCAAGGCUUUCUGAGCACCUUGAAGGAAACACCUGGAACUGUACUGGAAGUGCUGGUGUGCUUCUUCACCCUGUGGUCGAUGGUGGGACUGACUGGUUUCCACACGUACCUCAUCUCUCUGAACCAGACCACCAACGAGGAUAUUAAAGGCUCCUGGUCUGGGAAGAACAGAGGCCAGAAUCCUUACAGCCACAAGAACAUCGUCAAAAACUGCUGCGAGGUUCUGUGUGGGCCGACCUACCCCAGCGUCUUGGACAGACGAGGGCUGAUGCAGGAGGAUUCGCCCGCUGCUGCAAACAGUGAAGGUCCCUGUUCCUUCGACAACCUAGUGGCACAAACUGUGAAAACCACAGCUCCGCUCAUCCCCAACGAGCACACGCCUGACGACGUCAAGCCGAGCAUCGCAGCAGAGAAAAGCUCCGCCCCUAAAGACGACCCGCCGCCGGCCGCAAAGCUGCCGCCGCUGGCUUCCCCAGAGACCGAUGCAGAGACGUCCAUCAUCAAGAACCAGUAGCUGGACGGACCAGCAAUCUGUCGACUCAUGAACUGAAAAACAAUAAUCACCACCUGAUCAUAUGAGGGGGAUUCAGUUAACCUUUGACCUUUAACGGAUUGGAGCGCCUGUGCUUUUCCUGCAGAGACGUUUGCCUCCUAGAAGAGAAGGAAAAUCAGCAGCGUCCCGUCUCCUGAUCACUGCAUGGAAAAGACUCUCAGGAGAGAUGCUGCUCAGAGAUCCAGCGCUGAUCGUUAGUCUGUUUGUUCAUCAUUUGAAACUGUAAACAUUUAAAUCCAGAGGCCAGUUCAGUUAUAGCAAGUAGCAGAGACAAAGGGUCUGAUUCCUGAACAUCGGUUGAAAUAAAACACUGCAGAAACUCUAAAUCCUACCAAGUAUUUUAGAUUUUCUAGAGCAGACAUUUCAGCCACAUGAAUAAAACAAAACUAACUUACAGGAAUAUUUUCAGCAAGAUAUAAGAGCUUGUUUUGAGUAAAUAAUUCCUGAAUAUAGAUGAAAAAGUACAGAUUAUUUCACUUAUAACAAGGGACAAAUGUCUUCUUGUAAGUGCAAUAAUCUGCCAGAGAAACUACGACGUUUUCAUUAAUAUUAAGAGAUAAUUGACUAAAAAUAUGCUCCUGUUGAUGAAAAGUUGCUUGUAAUCAGAAGUGGGCAGAGAACACAAGAAUCACACUCAAGUAAUAGUAGCACUACUUCAACAUAUUUUUACUCAAGUAAAAGUAAAAAGUCUAAAACAGGAUGAAAAUCAUUUUUUUCCUAUGGAUUCUUAAUUGGACUUAAGUUUGGACUUUGACUGGGACAUUCUAAGUUGUAGGUCCUGGAGUAAAGGUAACUAGUGACUACCCAACUCUGCUUGUAUGUUAGUUUUGUCUUAUUUUAAGUGAAUUAAAAUAUUUGCACUAAGACCUAGAACAUAAGUAUUUGGUAAAAUUUAUUGUUUUUGCAGUGCAUCAUCUAUGCUGUACAUAAAUUACAUGCCCUAUGCAAACCAUUGUGAGGCUGGAAAAGCAACUUUGUGAGAACAUGGGUAUAAGCGUUGGUUUUAACCUGGGAGUACAUGUGACGUCCACGCAGGAGGACUCGUUCGUAGGUCAGACACCUUCCAGGUAACCUUGUCUUCUGAUUCUGCUGCAUUCAGUGCUGUUCACACGUAUGUGCAUCUUUUUUAAAAAAUCAAUCUCAACGGCUGUGGUUUCUUUUAGUUUGGUUUUUUUAUAACUAAGGAUGUAGUGUGAUGUUGAGGCUUGUGAGAUUGCAGGUGGUGUUGAGCCCCUGAGUCUGAGGAAAGAAAAGGCCUAAUGAGCGUCGACACUCGCAUUAACAGUGCCUUAUCAAUGCAGCUGCAACUCGAGCAACAGGGACGAUCCUCUAACAGUGUUGAAUCAAAAAUCAGCUACAAACGGUAACUUUAUAGAAGAAAAGAUGGCUAACAUCUCGCUGCAGCCAAAAACGUGGUGGGACUUGCUAGUUUGUUAGCGUAGCUUAUCUUAGCCUAGCUCAGUUUACAUUUGUGUGACAAAUUGCUUAGUAAAACUGCUACAAGACAAUGAUAGUAAUUUGUAUUUCUGGAAAUCUUCAAGUGUUUUAUGAUUUCUACAUAUUUUAAACAGAAUAAAUUAAGCUUCUUCUGUUUAAGCUAAGCUAACUAGCUGUGAAUGCUGAAUUGGUCUAAAUGGAUUUCUUCAUUUAACUGAAAAAAACUUUAAUUUGUUUUAAAAAGCAAACUGAAAAAAACACGUUUUGACCCAUAAAGCUUUCAAAAAGAUAAAAAAAAAUUCCAGAAGAAUUGAUUUUGUCUGUUUCAACUGAGAAAUAACAGUUUCACAAAAUGAUUAGAUAUGAAAAAAAUAAUUAGAAUUUUUGAAGAAAAAAAACACUAUCUUAAAUGAACUUAGCUCAAUUUAAAUUUGAUUUUCAGUUGAUGGAAGCAACUAAAAAACUUGGUGCAGCUUGGCUUAGCUUAGCUUAGCAUGGCUUAGUUUAGCUUUUCUUUGUGUGAAUAUAAGCCAAUAUUAAAUGCGCCUGCUUAGCAAAAGGAACAUGUAUUUUCCUUUUUGUAAAGGUUUCUCAAAAAUAAAACAAGCUUUUCUGUUUUCUGCUAAGUUCAGUUUAAGCUAACUAGCCGCUACAGUUGAAUCUGUUCAGUCUAGCAGGACUGAUUCCUUAAUUUAACGUUCAGAACAACAAUAAAUUAGAAUAAAUACAUUCUGUAAUUAACUCUGUGUUAACAAAACUGGUACAAUUGUUUUUAACAAUACUUAUGAAAAGAAACUCAAAUUUUUCAAGAUGUAAAUUGGAGAUUAAUUUGUGACUAUUUUAAAUUAAAACAAUCUAAUGGUUUAGAUAAUUAAAAAAUAAUUGGGCUCUUUGGGGAAUAAAAGACAACUAUGCAGCUGCAAGUUUUUCAGCAGAUUAAAUCCAAUUAUGUAUGAUUAAAAUUUCCUGGGACUGAAUAGUUUAACUUUAGCUUAGCUUAGCAUGAAAACAAGCCCCAGCUUAGAAAAACAGUUUGUAAUCCCACACAAAUAUAUAUUUAGUUUCUCUAAAUGUAAAAAUAUUUUGUUAACAUUUGGGUUGUACAUAAAUGAGUAUUUUUAGUCUUUAAUAAUAAUGAUAAUAAAUCACAUUUUCAGCUAAGCUAACUAGCUGCUAAUAUCUGAUCUGAUGAGAUUUGGAAAACUGGUUUCUUAAUUUUACAGCCAAAAUUAAACAUCUAAAUUUUCUUCUUUUAUAAAAGGGAAACUGCAACAACAUAUCUUACAUAAUGAUGCUUGAAGAACUGAUUUUCCACCAGACGUUAAUUAAAAACUCUUUUUAGAGAUACAGUAUUCCACCUUUGACUUGGCCACAAAAACAUCUGAUAAGAUAAGAAACUGGAGUUUGUGAUGCAAAAUGAAAAGUAAAACCGUUAUUUAUUGUAUAUUGUUAGGUAGAGUUGCGAUGAAACAUAUUAAGGUAACGGAUAACGAAGCGUGGCUAGGGUUUAUUGUUCAGCACCUUCUGUGAAUUAUGGCCAAGGUGAUCUUCCUUCCUUUGCAUUUUCUCUCUUCUUCUUCUUCUUCCCUGCCUCUACAGUAAACUCUGUCUCUUGAUAUUUGCUCCUGCAGAAGAAGUACCUGACACAUCAGACAGUUUUGACGGGAUAUAAUCGCAGAGAAAAGAGCGGGAAGAUCUUUUCACACGUUAGUAUUUAGAAGGUGUUAGCUGAUAGCGAGUCUGUAGUAGUGACUGUGUUGUAUGCAAGACAGAGUUUGUGUUUGUGAAUGUUUCUUGUGUAGACUUCAAGUUUUAUAUCAGACAUUUCUGCCGAAAAAGAUUUAUUUAAGAGUUGAAAGGGAUUUUGUUUAAUCUUAAAUAAGGCACUUAAUAAAGGUUCACACUGAAGCGUAAGCUAAAAGAAUGUCUUUAAAAUAAAGCUGGCCACUACGCAUCCAUAACAUCAUGAUAACCUAUGAAAGUUUGCAGAAGUUUACAUUUCCAAAGCAGCUUGUGUAACGCUAAAUGUUGCCAUGAUACAGCUGUAUUUCAAAUAUUAAAUUGCCAGUAAAAAGUGCUAAACCUAAAGCUGAACUCCUUUACUGUGAAGGUAUUUUAAGAUGGUUUGGUGUUAUUAUCGAGAAGCAGGAAUGUAGGUAGUGGACAUUUGAGAAAAGGGAUGUUUGUGUUUUUGAAGCACAUUUUAAAGGGACAGACGGAUUUUUAUGUUUUUUAUUUUUGAAGACCAGUCUUAGCUCUUGUAUUUAUAAUUCCUGUGUUGAAAUGAAGAUCAGAUCUGAAUGCUCUGAUCAGUCAGUUACACCGCAUUAUAUAUACAGAUACUUUGAAGGAAUCAUUAUUUGUUUUCUUUGUUUCGUAUCAACACUGUGAUUCUCUGUAUUUCAUUCAAAUUGCUUCACUUCUUUUUACUUGAUCUGUGUGUCCAUUAAAUAAACAAUGUUGUCUUACUAUAAA